AUGGUGUUGUUUAAAGAUAUCGGAAAACCCGCCUCGGACCUGCUUAAAAAGGGAUUUCCUCAUGAGAAACCCUGGGAGCUGGAGUACAAAUACAAGUCGAAGAACCCGCAAAUUAUAAACACUGCAGGAAUCACUGGCAUGAGUGCCUUCGAAGCCUCUUCAGCUCUCGUCUACUCAGCAGGAGAUGCAACAGCAGAAUUGAAGGUCUUUUCUGCUGGCCGUUCUUAUGUUGACUUGUCCUACAAGGUUCCUCAACUUCCCAAUUUGAUUCUCUCAUCAAAAUAUGAGCGAAAAGGAGAUAAAUCAGGACUCGACGUGUUCGACUUCUCCACCGAAUAUGUGGCCCCUCGCUUUCACAGCAUAUUGAAUGUGAACCCCGUGAUGAGGACUUUCGUUUCCUCUGGCACGUUUAGCUACGACCGUUUCCGUUUCGGAGGCGAAGUCUCCGGCAAACUCGACGCAGGUGGCAUGAAAUACGCUGUCGGUGCCUCUUACACCGGACAGACCCCUGGCAACAAGGGCGGCAGCUGGAUGGCUGCAGUGAAAACCCUGAUGUUUGGAAAGAUAAUAGGGAGUGUGAACGGAAAGUCAUUGGAUGGCCGUGGAGCAGAACUUGCUGCGGAAAUUGAAUACAACAUUCCUGAGAACAAGAGCCACAUCACUUUCGGCGGUUUGUGGUACAUGAACGAUGAAAAGGACACAGCAAUCAAGUCAAAGAUAUCGCAGAACGGUCUCCUUGCUGUUGCCGUGACUCACAAACUCUGCAACUACCUCCAUGCCACUGUCGGCACUCAGCUUGACGUGUCAAAGGGACAAAAUGCAGAUGGUGUGAAGUACGGUGUGAAGAUCGAUGUGAUCGCCUGA